AUGGCAUCUAACAAACGUUUCAGUCAAAGUAGAUCAAAUCUAUCAAACAACUCCGAUGUCCCCGAGCCAGGGAGACCAUCACAACCUGUUCCUCCACAAGUCACAUUUGCUCGAAGAACUUCCUCCGGUCGCUACGUCAGUUACUCAAGAGACGAUCUCGACAGCGAGCUAAGCAGCGCCGAUUUCAUGAACUACUCUGUCCACAUCCCUCCGACUCCAGACAACCAGCCGAUGGAGCCUUCUCCAAUGGACCCUUCCAUCUCUCAGAAAGUCGAAGAGCAGUACGUCUCCAACUCGAUGUUCACCGGCGGGUUCAACAGCGCCACGAGGGCUCACUUAAUGGACAAAGUGAUCGAGACGGAGACUAACCAUCCGCAGAUGGCUGGUAUGAAAGGAUCCUCCUGCGCGAUCCCUGGCUGCGACGCUAAGGUGAUGAGCGACGAGAGAGGUCAAGAUCUUCUCCCCUGUGAGUGUGACUUCAAAAUCUGUAGGGACUGCUUCGUGGACGCGGUGAAGAGCAGCGGCGGGAUUUGCCCCGGGUGUAAAGAACCGUACAAGAACACGGACUUGGCUGAUCAGGCUGAUGAUGAUAACAACGGUCAGCAGAGGCUUCCCGGGCCUGGCGGGUCGAAGAUGGAGAGGAGGUUGUCGUUGAUGAAGUCUAGUAAUAAGUCGGCUCUGAUGAGGAGUCAGACAGGGGAUUUUGAUCAUAAUAGGUGGUUGUUUGAGACGAGUGGGACUUAUGGUUACGGGAAUGCUUUCUGGACGAAAGACGGGAACUUCGGGAGUGGUAAGGAUGGAGAUGGAGAUGGUAUGGAGACGCAAGAUUUGAUGAGCAAGCCUUGGAGACCACUUACUAGGAAGCUCAAAAUCCCUGCUGCUAUUCUUAGUCCAUACAGGCUAUUGAUUCUUAUUCGUGUAGUUGUUCUUGCAUUGUUCUUAACGUGGAGGAUUCAGCAUCAAAACCAAGAUGCGAUAUGGUUAUGGGGAAUGUCUGUGGUUUGUGAGCUUUGGUUUGCCUUCUCAUGGCUUCUUGAUCAGCUUCCUAAGCUGUGUCCGAUUAACCGUGCGACCGAUCUCCAAGUCCUGAAGGAGAAGUUCGAGACGCCGUCGCCGAGCAACCCGACAGGGAAAUCCGACCUUCCUGGACUCGAUAUCUUCGUCUCCACCGCGGAUCCGGAGAAAGAGCCUCCUCUGGUCACUGCUAACACCAUUUUAUCGAUUCUUGCUGCGGAAUAUCCGGUUGAGAAGCUUUCUUGCUACGUGUCUGACGAUGGAGGUGCGCUUCUUACGUUCGAAGCCAUGGCUGAAGCCGCGAGUUUCGCAAACAUUUGGGUUCCGUUCUGUCGGAAACACGUGGUGGAGCCGAGGAAUCCGGACUCCUACUUCAGCUUGAAGAGAGAUCCUUACAAGAACAAAGUCAAGUCCGAUUUCGUCAAGGACCGGAGACGGGUUAAGCGUGAGUACGAUGAGUUUAAAGUCAGGAUCAACAGCUUGCCUGACUCAAUCAGGAGACGGUCCGAUGCUUACCACGCUAGAGAAGAGAUCAAAGCCAUGAAGAUGCAGAGGCAGAACAGAGACGAUGAGCCUUUGGAGCCGGUCAAGAUCCCAAAAGCUACAUGGAUGGCUGAUGGCACUCACUGGCCUGGCACUUGGUUAACCUCCGGUAGUGACCAUUCUAAAGGUGACCACGCCGGUAUCAUUCAGGUGAUGUUGAAGCCACCGAGUGAUGAGCCAUUACACGGAGGAUCCGAAGGGUUUCUCGAUCUAUCCGACGUGGAUAUUCGACUACCACUUCUUGUUUACGUAUCUCGUGAGAAGCGGCCUGGUUAUGACCAUAACAAGAAGGCCGGAGCCAUGAAUGCCUUAGUGAGAGCUUCAGCGAUUAUGUCGAAUGGACCGUUCAUACUAAAUCUCGACUGUGAUCAUUACAUAUACAACUCAGAGGCGAUGAGGGAAGGUAUGUGCUUCAUGAUGGACCGUGGAGGCGACCGGCUCUGCUACGUUCAGUUCCCGCAGCGGUUCGAAGGUAUUGACCCGUCGGAUCGAUACGCUAAUCACAACACAGUCUUCUUCGACGUCAACAUGAGAGCUCUCGACGGGCUUAUGGGUCCGGUUUACGUCGGAACCGGUUGUCUCUUCCGGAGAAUCGCGCUUUACGGUUUCGACCCGCCUCGGGUUAAAGAGCAUUCCUCUGGCUGCUGUAGCUGCUGCUUCCCUCGCAAGAAGAAGAAUCAUGUCGCUGAGGAAAACAGAGCUCUGCAGAUGGGUGAUUACAUUGACGAGGAGAUGUCUCUCUCUCUGAUCCCGAAGAAGUUCGGUAACUCGACGUUCCUCAUCGAGUCGAUCCCCGUCGCCGAGUUCCAAGGCCGGCCUCUCGCGGACCACCCGUCGAUUAAAAACGGCCGUCCUCCCGGAGCGCUCACCAUCCCUCGAGAGCUUCUCGACGCGACGACCGUAGCGGAAGCUAUUGCGGUGAUCUCUUGCUGGUACGAGGAUAAAACAGAGUGGGGGUCGCGAAUCGGUUGGAUUUACGGGUCGGUUACGGAGGACGUUGUGACCGGUUAUCGAAUGCAUAACCGGGGGUGGAAGUCGGUUUACUGCGUGACGAAGCGUGACGCUUUUCGAGGUACAGCUCCGAUUAAUUUGACGGAUAGGCUUCACCAGGUUCUCCGCUGGGCUACUGGCUCCGUCGAGAUCUUCUUCUCCCGCAACAACGCGCUUCUCGCGUCCCCGAAGAUGAAGAUCCUCCAGAGGAUCGCGUACUUAAACGUCGGAAUCUACCCGUUCACGUCGAUCUUCCUCAUCGUCUACUGUUUUCUCCCCGCGCUGUCUCUCUUCUCCGGCCAGUUCAUCGUCCAGACGCUCAACGUCACUUUCCUCGUCUACCUUCUCAUCAUCUCCAUCACGCUCUGCUUGCUCGCGCUGCUGGAGAUCAAAUGGUCGGGGAUCUCGCUGGAGGAGUGGUGGAGAAACGAGCAGUUUUGGCUCAUCGGAGGAACCAGCGCUCAUCUCGCGGCUGUUCUUCAAGGUCUGCUCAAAGUCGUGGCCGGAGUGGAGAUCUCGUUCACGCUCACGACGAAAUCAGGAGGAGAUGACGUGGACGACGAGUUUGCGGAUUUGUACGCGGUGAAGUGGACGUCGCUCAUGAUCCCUCCGAUAACGAUCAUGAUGGUGAACCUGAUCGCGAUUGCGGUUGGAUUCAGCAGGACGAUUUACAGUGUGAUUCCGGAGUGGAGUAAGUUGAUAGGAGGAGUGUUCUUCAGUUUCUGGGUUUUGGCUCAUCUUUAUCCUUUCGCUAAAGGGUUGAUGGGAAGAAGAGGAAGAACACCGACGAUUGUGUAUGUUUGGUCUGGUCUUGUUGCCAUCACCAUUUCUCUUCUUUGGGUCGCCAUUAGUCCACCGGCUGGUACUACUGAUAUCGGAGGAUCUUUCAGUUUUCCAUGA